CGGCAUACGCCGUAAUAUACAGCGUCCAACGCGGAGGCAGCCACCAAACCAGUAUCGACAAGACGUCAAAACCCUAGACCGGCGACGCGUUCCCCUCUCUCGCCGCCGGAUUCCCCUCCGCCCGUGCGUCUCGCGGACGUCUUCGCGCUCGCCGGCUGCUGUUCUCGGUUCGCCCACCACCAGCAAUGUCUUCUCAGAUGAAUAACCGCAUCCAGUCCGCUGGAAAGCGCGCGCGCACAGACGGUAGCCGGCGUGAGGACGACUGGAUUUGCCCCAGCUGUAACAACGUCAACUUCGCAUUCCGCACCACCUGCAACAUGCGCAACUGCGACCAGUCCAGGCCCGCGGAUCACACGAAGGCUAUGCAGACUCCACCCCACUACUCGGUGCCGGGGCGGUACAUGCCGCCGGGGACGCCUCCGUCCAUGUACCUCACCGGGGCUCCUCCCCCGUAUGGCUCCAACCUCUAUAAUGGGCAUCCCAUGCCACGCUAUGGCAUUCCUCAGCUCCCCCCGGGCUCUGGAUAUCCGUAUGGCUAUGGCGGGCGAGUCCCGAUGGGGAGCCCCUAUGGGCCAAUGCAUAUGGCGGCGCCACCCCCGUAUUCUAGUGGUUCUAUGGUUGGUGCAGGUGGAAUGUACAGCAUCAGCAUGCCCAUGGAUAGAUAUGGCUUGGGCUCACCCGCUGGUCCUGGGGCAAUGGGCACAAGGGCUGGUUCCUAUUCUGACGAAGGCUCACAGAAGAAAUCUGCUGGAGCUGGACGUGAUAAUGAUUGGAAGUGCCCUAAUUGCAACAACAUUAACUUCGCCUUUCGGACAGUCUGUAACAUGAGAAAAUGCAACACACCAAGACCUGACACCCAGGGAUCCAAACCUGACAGUUCAAGAGCUCCAAAACCAAAGACUCCAGAGGGUAGCUGGAAGUGUGAAAAGUGCAAUAACAUAAACUAUCCUUUCCGGACAAAAUGCAACCGUCCAAGUUGUGGGGAAGAAAAGCCAUUGCAGGCAAACAGUCCUGAUGAUCUGGCUACAGAUCAGGACAAUCAGCUAAUGCAAGUUUUACCAAUCUGAUGUUUUUGGAUCAAAGAGAUGAUAGAUGAUGGAAGAGUGAGUUGUGCAUAAUCGCAUUGUGGAGUGUGCAUAACCUCGCAUGCUUGGUUGGAUUGGUGCUCUUUGACUGACUGGGUGCCAUUGAAAUUAGUUUUUGUCAUGUAAUAUGGGGAAGCUUUUAUCAAAGCUGCAACUUUCACAUGACUUUGAAGACAACAGUGUUCUAAUCGAGAAGGAUGUUCCCGGCCACGCUGCUGGACUACCGGUACCGACAAGUUCGCAUGCCCUGCGAAUGGCAGCUCUCAGUGAGCUGCAAGACAGUUUAUAGAUGACAAGUAACCAUUUCAUUUUUCUUUGAAAACGUUUGUAUUGUGUGGACCCAUCAUACUCUAUCAAGCAAUCAACGGUGUUGCUCACAGCCAUCUUGGUACGGACUUGGAUUGAAAGCUUGGUUUAGAUUUGUUUGGAGUGCAUAUUUUACUUCUGUUCUCAUUCUUACGAUUUUCUUAUAAUUGUAUAAUUGAGGAUUGGUUGGCUUUGUUGAUUUGUUAUAUGUUUGUUUGAAUCUGAUGUAAACUAUUUUGAUUCUGCUA